UGCAUUUGCCUSUCUACCCCCGCAGGUCCAAUUCAUGCUCAGGAGCAGCAACUUGACCUCGAAUUAAGAAAGUUCCGUGGCCAUGCGUUCGCUCAAUCAACCGCGGCGACCUACAAGUCACAACUACGAUGCUACAUCCGUUUCUGYGUGUACUUUGGUUACGCGCCUGUUCCAUGYAAGGCCCUUCACUUGCUUCGCUACAUUGUAUUUCUUACCAGAACUUUAUCACCAACUAGUAUUCCUUGUUAUCUCAAUGUGAUAAGAAUACUGCAUCUACAAUACGGUUUCCCUAACCCAUUACAAGAACCGCUAUUUAAGUACCAAAAAGAAUUGUUAAUGCGAGGUAUAAAGCGUCUUAAGAGUAACCCGGCCCAGCAAAAGCUGCCCAUCACGCCGACUAUUUUAAAACAACUCUAUGGCCAUCUGGACAUAGGCAACUCAAUGGAUGCGACUUUCUGGGCGGCAUGCCUUGUCGCCUUCUUUUCAUUUUUUCGAAAAUCUAACCUGCUGAUUCUUUCUGGGAACGCCUUCGAUCCACAAAAACAUUUACGGGCUGGUGAUAUCCGCAUAUAUGAAUGGGGCUUGAUGCUGAUUGUACGUUGGUCUAAGACCAUUCAAUAUCGAAAUAGAAUCCUACUUGUGCCCGUUCCAAGAAUCGAUGGCUCAACACUUUGUCCGCGUGCUGCGAUUAUCAACGCUUUCGAAC